CCGCUGGUUUUAAGUGAAAAUCAAGAGUAAAGAGGGCGCCACGCUCCCACAACUUUCCGUGAGAGAGCGGUUUGAAGUAAGUUUCUGGUAAAUUAGCACAAAAUUGCUUAAACUGUUCUUUCGUUCAUGAUGAUCUCUAAAGUACAUGACUGCCUUUUUAUAUGAUUGAUUAGCAGAGAUUUACACGAAAAAAAUAACGGCACACGUCACUUCAUUGAAAUUGUCGGCUUUUUCUUCCGGUGGCAGCGACUAUCCUUUCGUAAUACUUCACGUCGCUUGCUUCUUACGCCGACUUUGUCCUGAGUAAAAGUACAGCUUUUGACACUUUCACACUCUGCUUAGUCACGUCAGCUUGACUUAACAUUUCGCUCUACUGUCUCUUUUAAUUUAACGCCUAAUAUAGAUGUUGCAGACUUAACCGAGCUGCACGUACUGUUCAGUGUGGAAUAUCUCGCCGGCAACCUGCUGGCCCAACCUACAUUUUCCUCCUGCAUAGUCACAUCCCUGAGCUAGGCCACUCGGCGGUGGAAGAGAAGUUCAAGCGUUCAAAAGAAAAUAAUGACGACAUCAUCAAUGGUCGUCGCCCUGCUCUGUGCAGUAGCGCUUUUACUGUUUGUUGGUCCGGCUGACAGCAUCGUGUGCCCGCCAGGAUACUGCCAACAACAGCAAUGCAAGCCAGUGGACGAAGCUACGUGUAACGGAAUAGUGAAGCCAAAUGCGACCUUCUGCCAGUGCUGUCCGGCCUGCAUCAAACUGCUUGGGCCAUGUGAUCCGGUGGACGAAGCCAGCUGUAACGGAGUGGUGAAACCCAAUGCAACAUUUUGCGAGUGUUGCCCAGCUUGCAUCAGAGUACUUGGUAAAGAUGAAUCCUGCUUCCAGUUGUUCCUGAGAGGAGACCCACCAAAAGUGGAGUGCGCCACAGGCUUAAUCUGUGAUCCCAACACGGCCACAUGCGUUCCAAUAUUGUCUUUUUGAGUACCGUAGAUUCAUCUGGCACUGUUAGUACUAUGGAGGCAUGUCGAUAGCGAAAAGACGCCACAGCUAGGAUGAUAAACGGCAAUUAUAUUGGCGAUAGGCAAAACCAGACAGACAUUCAUGUAGAAAGAACGACGGACGAAGACAAACACCCGUAUUGCCUUUCUUUGUUUCUGUAAAGUUCUGUUUAUUGGCAAUUACACCCUUCAGUCAGAAAUUGGAAUGCACUGUUGCUAACUGUGUGAAGGUUACAUACUUUCUUUACUAAGCUUUGCGCACUCCGUUGAAAAGAACCCUAUGUUAGAACGAUGAUGCAUUGUGCGUAUUUUAGAGUCCUCUUAUUUAGAGAAUAUUUAAUUAUGAAUUUGUUGUACAGUCAAACAGUGCCCUUUUUUAAUGGGAAAAUUUGAAUCACCGGUCAAAGCACAUCCAUAAGUUAUUCAUUCAUCGCUGGCAUGACAACAAACUUUUUUUUUGCCAUAGACGACGCCACGCGGCACCUAAAACACCUGAGUGCAGCAUACUCAGCACAUUCAACCAAUUUGAGUACGCAAAUACAUGCAAAAAUACAGCUUCACGAUGUUCCGCUUGAGCACCUACAGCUAUACAAUGAAACACUUGUCGCGGACCUGCCUUGACCUUAAAGGCCAACUAACGAAACCCAUCUGGUAGGGAGGAGACACUGUAAAUGGUUGUUGAAUUUGGACGGUGACCAUAAAAAUUUUGAAAUAACAAGAUGUUCCGGCUCCCGCGGGGAAGCCCAAAACGUCUUUUAUUUCAAAUUUUUUUAGAGUCGGCGUGCAACUUUCUACUUCUUACAAAG